AAAAACAGUGAACCUUCGCGCGACUGUUCUGUGAUCAAAGCGACGAGCCAACGUCACGUGAUCGCCAUCACCUGACGAUGACAUGGUUUUAUUUUUAUUUUUUACGGCAAGGGCAAUUUCUAGCUUAUGGUUUAUUUUAUCUUCGGUGUACACUGAAUUAACAGGUGUGAGGGCAAAAUUGGCCGAUGACAGCAGUUUAUUUAUCACGGGACCGCUACCCAGAAUACUUCGCUUAUUGCUGUCUGGCGAAGGAGUGACAGUGUAGAACAGAGUCAGCUAGCCCCGCUUGAAAUACAUGAAGUUGUCGUUACUAUGCGUUUUUAUUGUAUGAAAUAAACCACAGAGGGAAAGAAAAUAACAGGGGAAGGCGAAAUCUGUUGUUGUCAAUACACCAGCAAUGCCUCUCUUCACUACCAACCCAUUUGACCAAGAUGUUGUGACUACUUUACUUCACGAUUACAAAAGCAGAGAAAGCAACCAGUGAGAUGAACACAGCCGAGGACUGGGGCCUCAUUCUGGACAUAUGUGAUAAGAUAGGACAGUCACGCACUGGGCCUAAAGAAUGUCUGCGCUCUAUAAUGAGAAGAGUGAACCACAAGGAUCCUCAUGUGGCCAUGCAGGCACUGACUCUCCUUGGUGCUUGUGUCUCCAACUGUGGGAAGAUAUUCCACUUGGAGGUGUGCUCCAGAGAGUUUGCCAGUGAAGUCAGUAAUGUUUUAAACAAGGGCCACCCCAAAGUGUGUGAGAAGCUGAAGGCCCUCAUGGUGGAGUGGGCAGAGGACUUCCGCAAUGAUCCGCAACUCAGUCUGAUCUCAGCAAUGAUCAAGAAUCUACGUGAGCAGGGUGUCACUUUCCCUGCAGUGGGGUCCCAGGCUGCAGAGCAAGCAAAAGCAAGCCCUGCUUUAGUGGCAAAGGAUCCGUCCACUUCAACAAACAAAAAAGAAGAGGAAGACUUGGCUAAAGCUAUUGAGCUGUCACUGAAGGAGCAACGUCAGCAGCCACAGACCUCCCUGUCGAGCCUUUACCCAAGCACCUCCAACCUGCUUUCCUCACACAAGUCGGAUGGGAGAAAAGUCCGCGCCAUCUACGACUUUGAGGCCGCUGAGGACAAUGAGCUCACCUUCAAGUCGGGAGAGAUCAUAACUAUCCUGGACGAUAGUGACCCCAACUGGUGGAAAGGGGAAACAUACCAGGGAGUGGGGCUGUUCCCCUCUAACUUUGUCACUGCUGACCUCACUGCAGAGCCUGAGAUGAUGAAGACAGAGAAGAAGACAGUACAGUUUAGUGAGGACAUCCAGGUGGAGACCAUAGAGCCUGAACAAGAGCCUGUAUAUAUAGACGAGGACAAAAUGGACCAGCUACUGCAGAUGAUCCAGAGCGCAGAUCCCACAGACAACCAGUCAGACAGCGUUGAGUUACUACAGCUCGAAGGUGCCUGCAAUCAAAUGGGACCCCUCAUUGACCAGAAGUUGGAGGACAUAGACAGGAAGCACUCAGAGCUGUCAGAGCUGAACGUGAAGGUGAUGGAAGCUCUGUCUUUGUACGCCAAGUUGAUGAAUGAGGAUCCAGUCUACGCCAUGUAUGCUAAGCUGCAGAGCCAACAGUACUACAUGCAGCAGCCUGCAAAUGCAGCACAACAGGUCUACCCUGGUCAGCCUGCAUCAGGUUCAUACGCCAUGAGCGGUACUGCGGUGCAGGGUUACACUGUUCCCAUGGAGCAGCUUCCAGCUGGAACCCCCAUACCUGGCCAGCCAGCUCCCAGUGAUGUUCAUAUGUACAUGGGCCAGCCGCCAGUCUACACAGCAGCUCCAGGCAGCAUGGCCCCAGCAGACGUUCAGUCCUACCAGAACCCAGCCACAGCCCCCGGCCCCGCCCCAGGCACGACUCACACAGGCAUGACGCAGACGCCAAACUACAGCAUCCCCUCUGGCCAAAGCAUAGCACCUUCCUCAGACGCAGCACAGGCCCCCUACUCAGAGAAAGCCUUGCUAUAGGGCCUUCUCAGCUCACUGUUAGCCUCACGCAUAAACACGUAACAUGCACCAGACCUGAUCAAAUAGUGGUCUUACGUAAUUUCCUUUAUCAUGUGUUAUGAUUUGUUUUGUCAUGAAACACCCGAUGGCUGGAAAGACACAAAUAAGGGUAGACUAACCUUAACAUAUGACACCCUUUUGUGUUAUUCUAUCUGGCAGAAAGUGAAAUAUACAGUUACACUUCUCACUCCAUGUUUAGAAGUGAUCAUGAGGCUUUGAUUUGAAGAGCUCACACCAAGCCACACAUGGUCUGAAAGUACUUUUAGGAUUACAUUGAUUAAUUAUGUUAUUGCAUCUUCGCUCCUCUGCUCCAUGUCUUCACCCGAUUUAGAUGUGCAGACACGGAGGAGCUUUCAGUUGCACUUUCUUCUUCCGUUGCACUUAUUUCAUUUUUGGCCAUCAUUCAGGCCUGAUCACUUCCAAAUCGAGAUCUAAUAGCAGUAUUUGCAUUGUCCAUUUUUGUGUACGAGACCUGACAUUUUUGUUUCCUAGAGGUGACAGGACUAUUGCAAAAUUGUGUUAACAAUUUAUUUUAUGGGUCGGUAUUUUUUAAUAAUUUCCUAGGAAGUUUCCUGGGAAGAACUAGAUAAUUUUUAUACUAGUUAUAGAGGAAAUGAGACAGGUUCUUUUAGUUAGGCUUUAGUUGAAUUUAUAGGCAAUUGUUGAUUAAAAAAGGCUCUAUUUGAACCUAAGUAAAGCAAAAAAUUUAUUCUUCAUACUGUAUAGAGUAUGUUGAAUAGUAUGCAUGUUUGUAGACAAAUUUCACAUUUUUGCAUGUUUCAGCUGAUCUACUGUUUACUUAAAAAUGUUUAGGUCAUACUAGCAAUUAAUUUGAAUUAAUCAAUUUCAGGUAUGCCAGUUUCUACACUUUUUUAUUUGUAAUUAGUACCAAUCUCCAUAGUUCUUUCCCAGAAACUUUUGAGGAAAUUAUGAAGAAAUUAUGGACCUGUUAAAUAAAGCAUCAGCAAAUUGCUUUGAGAAAACAAGUGUAACUGUAACCACUUCAAUCCAACAUCAUAAUACAUAUGCAAUUACUAUUUGAUCACGUGUGAAACACACACAUGCAUUCCUUCACGCCACUCCCAACAUGCACACUGGAGCUACACACACGAUACUCAAACACACUACAGGCAGGUGAACAGCAGUUGACACUCAAGCAAAUAUAGUUGCAGCACUUGGUUCACACAUCCUCAGCUGCAUGUGAUAAUUUUACCUUCACUCACACACUAACAUGGAGAUAAAUCCACAUGCCACAGCCUUCUCACCCUCUUAAAGCAACUGCAGUGCGAAUCACUUCCCAAAAAAGGGGCGUUGACUCACAUUUCUUUUUCUUUUUUUUUUUAUACAUCAGAAAAUGGACAUUUAGCGAUGCUGAAAACAUUCGGCUACUUCAUUCUGUAUAUGUUGUCGACUUUGAGAAGUACUGAAAACUAAAGCCACUUUGUUUUUUUGGAGGGAAAAGAAACAAGAGAAGUUAAAGCAUGCACAUGACUCUUGUAUAUACUGUACUGAAUUAGUAGUGAAGCCACAUGAUGGGAUGUAUGUUAACACAGCUCCGGGUGCUUUGCUCAGCCUUAAAGGCGAACUCUGCAGUCAUCAUAUCCCAUGUGAAUUAAAAGGUGUAGAAGCUAAAGAGAACAAAGCGGGGAAAAAAAUGCCCACAUGCCAGAAAAACACAACAUAAUUUUCUCUUUCUUUUCGUUUUUCCUUCAAUGACUCCUCACUUCAUUCUGCAGAGUUUUCCUUUUCAAAACAAGCAGUUCUGCAUCCUUGUUGGUGGAUGUAAGACUAGCUCUGUCUUCAUUCAGGAGCUGUACUAACAGACUGGUACCACAGACUUGGCUACU